UCUUUUUUCUUCAUUCGCAUUACAUGGCUAGCCGCCUGAUGUUGAUGCGAGGGGUUCUCCCUCAGAAGUCCAAGGCCUGCCGCCUGCUGUUGAGGCCUUUUCAGACUGUUUGCUCCUGAGAAAUAGAGCAGGGUCGUGCGUGGCUGGUGACCAAGGCUGGGGGCGGCAGGGCGGACGGCAGCAUUUUUCUCUUGAAAGAUGUUUCAGAGGCAGUUUAUAAAGUGUCAAUCUAUAAAAUCUAAAACUGACACUUUUCCUCCCUCCCCUAUAACAUUGUGUGCCUUUCGAAAUGAGUUCAGGAAACUUGCUGCCAUUUCCAGUCCACAGAAAAGUGAAAUGGGCAGAAGCUCAUUUUUUUUUGUAUGACCUUUAGAAUAAUCUCCACAGUUAUGGCUGUUCUGUAAACCCAACUGGAUGCUAAUUUUGACCAGACUUAACUCCAAAUUAUUUCCUCUAGAAGGUAAAGUAUGAAGCCUUCCUUGAAAUGUAAUACACUUUCAGAAGAAGUUUGUCAUCGUAUGCUUUGGUAACCUCCAAGAAGAUACCUCCAGGAGAGUAUGGCGUGUGUGAAGAUACUGUUGGGUGCUGCCAGCUGAGAUGUAAGGACUAAAGCUGACCCCGUGCGCACCUGUGACCCUGUGCUGGCUCUCGGGGCUAAGGCACACGCAGUCUUUGAAUGUUACCAGCUCAGUUUGGGUCACUGCUGCACUAAAUGCCAAUGAGUUGCUUGGUUUGCUUGGUAAGUUCUGCAUGUGUUAAAGAGGGUAAAGGGGUUCUGUGGCUAGAUCGGGCUCAGCAUCCGUUCCUCAGGCUGGUGAUGCUCUUACCAGGGUUGGGCUUCAGAAUCCCUGGGGGAGCUUGUUCGGCCUAGCCUGUUUGUCGAGUCCAUUCCCCGGAAAUGCUGGGCUUAGAGCUUGAAGACCUGCAUUAUAAUAAUGCACCUCAGGUGAUCUGUGCUGGAUGUAGUCCUCAGACCUGAACCUGGGCCUGUACCUUAGGCUCACAGACUUCCAGUCUGAGUUCUGGCAAAGGGAACAUCAGAUUUGUAUCCUUUUGCAAUCCCUCCUAGUUGUGUGAUUUUUGAGCUAAUUGACCUCUCGUUCUCACCCACAAUACGGGGGUGGUGGUGAUGGCUGAAGCGCCUGCCUCACUGGGUGAGGCCGGGUUCAGGAUGAACUGGCAGAUGAAGAAAGUCACCACAGCGUGAAGUUCUAAAUGGACCUGAGGCAUUAGUUAUGGCAUUGGUUCUUCAGAUCCAGCCUUCAUGAUCUAUAGAUUAGGAAGUGCUUAAGAUGGGGCUUUAGUAUCCUGGAAAUUCAGGAAGCCAUUCUUAAGAUAGGCUUUGUGUGUUUUGUAAAAUAAGCAACAAAUUUUAAAGUUUCUUUUUCAGCUUGGUGGUAUUCAAAAGUCAAGUUCUUUACCAUAUUCAGACUGAUUUUUCAUCCUAUUUUGAGGUCUGCAUGCACAUUUCACUGUUUUUAUUUUUUUAUUUAUUUUUUUUAUUUUUAUUUAUUUAUUUAUUUUUAUUUUUUGACAGGCAGAGUGGACAGUGAGAGAGAGAGACAGAGAGAAAGGUCUUCUUUUGCCGUUGGUUCACCCUACAAUGGCCGCCGCGGCUGGUGCGCUGCGGCGGGUGCACCGCGCUGAUCCGAUGGCAGGAGCCAGGUGCUUCUCCUGGUCUCCCAUGGGGUGCAGGGCCCAAGCACCUGGGCCAUCCUCCACUGCACUCCCUGGCCACAGCAGAGAGCUGGCCUGGAAGAGGGGCAACCAGGACUAGAACCCGGUGUGCCGGCGCCGCUCGGCGGAGGAUUAGCCUAGUGAGCGGCGGCGCCGGCCUUGAUUUUUUUUUUUUUUUUUUUUUUUUUAAGAUUUAUUUAAUUUGUUUGAAAGGCAGCGUUGCAGAGUGAGUGAGAGACAGGUCUUCAUCUGCUCAUUCACUCCCCAGUUGUCUGCAACAGUAAGGGCUGAGCCAUACUGAAGCCAGGAACCAGAAGCUUCUUCCUGGUCUCCCACACAGGUGCAGGGUUCACAGCACUUGGGUGUUUUCUGCUCCUUUCCCAGGUCGUUAGCCAGGAGCCAGGAGCUGGAUUGGAAGUGGAGCAGCUAGGACUCAAACCAGCACCCAUUAUGGGAUGCUAGUGUUACAGGCUGCGGCUUUACCUGCUACGCCAGAAUACUGACCCCUUAAGAUACAGUUUUUGAAAACAUUUAUUUCACCUACUUGAAAGAGUGAGAGAAAGCAAGAGUAGGCUUCCGUCUACUGGUUCACUCCCCAGAUGCCUGCAACAGCCAGGGCUUGGCCAGGCUGAAGCCAGGAGCCUGGAAUUUCAUUUUGGGUCUCCCAUAUUGGGUGGCAGAGACCCAAGCACUUGAGCCAUCAUCUGCUGCCUCCCAGGGACCUAGAUCAGAAGUGGAGGAGCCGGGACUUGAUCCAGGUGUUUCAAUAUAGGAUGUGAGUGUCCCAAACAGUGGCUUACCCCACUGUGCCACAGCACCCAACCCCAUCAUUUUCUUUUAAACCAAGAUUCAGCGACUCAGAUUCACGGAUUUAAGAGAAUAUUUUCGGGGCUAGUGUUAUGGCAUAGUGAGACAAGCUGCUGCCUGUGAUGCUGGCUUUCCAUCUGCGGUCAUUGUUUUGUGUUCUGGCUACUCCACUUCCAGUCUAGGCAGGUGGGGCUGCUACCUGCUGUGCUGGCAUCCCAUAUGGGCGCUGGUUUGAGUCCCGGCUGCUCCAUUUCCAGUCUAGCUCUCUGCUGUGGCUUGGGAAAGCAGUAGAAGGUGGCCCACUUCAUUGGGCCCCUGCACCUGCGUGGGAGACCUGGGGGAAGCUUCUGGCUCCAGCCUUCUGAUGAGUGCAGCUCUGGCCAUUACAGCCAUCUGGGGAGUGGACCAGCGGAUGGAAGACCUCUCUCUCUCUCUGCCUCUGUUCUCUGUAACUCUGCCUUUCAAAUAAAAAUAAAUCUUAAAAAAAAAAAAAAAAAAAAGCGAUGGAGAAUGGCCCAGACUGUUCGGGCCUCUUCUACCAACAUGGAACAUCCAAAUGAAGCCUCUGGCUUCUGGCUGGCCCAGCGCUAACCCCAGCCCCAGCCAUUCCUUCCAUCUAGAGAGUAAGCCAGUGGAUGGAAGAUUUUUCUCUCUAUAUCUCUGAAUUUUAAAUAAAUCUUCAAAAAAGAAAAAUAAUUUCUUCAAAAAAUCUGUUCAAGGUUCAUUCUUUAGAAUGUAAUAUGGUUUUGGAAAAGAAGCAGAUUCCUUUUGCAGUAACCUGGUGGUUGUCUAGAGAAGUUGCUCUUUGAGGGUUGUCCUGUAAGACAGAGAACGAGGAGCCCCGUUUGUGAUAUUUACCACAGUUCUUCCUUGGCUUGGUCAGCAAAUAAAACCCUAGGCUUUAGGCCUGAUAAGCCUAAUCAGGUUAGCUUGCUAGCAUGUGUGUGACCCAAAUCUGCCUUUGUCAAUAGAGGAUAAAAGUAAUUGCUUAGAACCAGGCUGAACUGUAUCCUGUGAUCGGUUUCCAUGAAUUUUUAGUCAUUUUCUGGGUGUGGCACUGUUCACAGUAUGUUACUUUUGAAUUUAGACAUUUAGUUUCAAAAUAGGGUGAGUUAUUUCUGUACCUUCAUUACACUCACAGCUUUUUUCUCACAAUUCCAGAAGUAGGAGUCUGAAUGUGCAGAGUUGUCUGAAAGAAAGCCUGAGGAGGAUUCUUCACUUCCUGUCUGAACUUGACUCUUAAUUAGAACCAUUAAACUAGAAGGCUUUGGCCAGCUUGUCUUGGGCUCUUACCUUUUUUUUUUUUUUUUUUUUUUGACAGAGUGGACCGUGAGAGGGACAGAGAGAAAGGUCUUCCUUUUUGCCGUUGGUUCACCCUCCAAUGGCCGCCGCGGCCGGCGUGCUGCGGCCGGCGCACCGCGCUGAUCCAAUGGCAGGAGCCAGGUGCUUCUCCUGGUCUCCCAUGGGGUGCAGGGCACAAGCACCUGGGCCAUCCUCCACUGCACUCCCAGGCCACAGCAGAGAGCUGACCUGGAAGAGGGACAACCGGGACAGAAUCCGGCGCUCCGACUGGGACUAGAACCUGGUGUGCCGGCGCCGCAGGCCGGAGGAUUAGCCUAGUGAGCCGCUGCGCCUGCGGGCUCUCACUUUUGAAGAUGUUUUCCCCCAUGGCUUAAUCUGAAUGGAGAGCAAUACCACGUGGUCCAUGGAGCACGGGAACUCCCUGUCGGGUGUAGUUGAGUAGCUUCAUUCAUUGGCUCAUGUAGGUGAGGGGGGCUGGCCCUGGAGUCAGUCUCAUUUCCAGGCUUACUGCUCAUCAGUCCAGAGCGUUACAUCUUUAUGCGUACAUAAACUACAAAUGUGAACAACCCGCGUUUUUGUUUCCUGUCGGAGGCUUUCUGGUUCUGUGUGUAGAAUGAAGUUAGCCUUCCUGAAAGUGUGUGUGAGUCUGGGGAGAGGCAACCCUUUGUCCUGUGACCAUCUGAAAGCAUACCACAAAAGGGGAAAAAACAAAACAAAACAAAAAACCAGGUUGGUUACCCACCAGAGCCCAGAACUUUGUGAAAGGCAGCAAGAAAAUGAUUGAGAAUUGUAAAAUGAUUUGUCAGCAGUUUGUCAGCAAAUUUCUCUAGAAAUCUUGCCUUAUUAAAAUAAAUUUCUUUUUUUUAAAGAUUUAUUUGUUUUACUUAAAAGUCAGAUUACACAGAGAGAGAAGGAGAGACAGAGUGAUCUUCCAUCUGCUGGUUCACUCCCCAGAUGGCUGCAACGGCUAGAGCUGCACUGAUCCAAAGGCGGGAGCCAGGAGCUUCUUCCAGGUCUCCCACAUGGCUGCAGGGGCCCAAGGAUUUGGGCCAUCUUGUACUGCUUUCCCAGGCCAUAGCAGAGAGCUGGAUUGGAAGUGGAGCAGCUGGGACUCGAACUGGUGCCCAUAUGGGAUGCCUGUGUUUCAGGCCAGGUCUUUAACCUGCUGUGCCACAAUGCCGACCCCUAUAAAUUUCUCUUUUAGCUUUUUCCUGGCUUUGAAGUGGUUUUAUUUUCUUCCUUCCUUUCUUUCUGAAAGUUACAGUGAGCGAGUUGGGGGUGGGGAGAGAGUGUGUGAUACAUAGGUAUCGAUCUUCCAUCUGCUUGUUCAUUCCCCAAAUGGCUGCAAUAGUGAAGACUGGGCCAAGCUGAAGCCAAAAGCCCAGUGUUCUAUUCAGGUUUCCCACAUGAGUGCAGGGGCCCAAAGACCUGGGCCGUUGUCUUCUGCGGAAGAGGAAAAGUAAUUUAUUCCAUAUGAUGUCUACAUACAGUUUGGCAGUAGAAUACGAUGUGGGAAGCUUUUAAUAGAUAAGAUUCGGUCCAUACGAAUAAGUCUUUAUUUUUGAGAUUUAUUUACUUGACAGAAUUACAGAGGGAAGGAAGAACAGUGUUCUUUCAUCUGCUGAUUUAUUCCUCAAAUGGCCACAACAACCUAGACUAGGUCAGGCCGAAGUCAGGUGAUUCUUUGUGGUCUCCCAUGUAGGUGCAGGGACCUAAGCACUUGGGCCAUCUUCCACUGCUUUCCCAGGUGCGUUAGCAGGGAGCUGGAUCAAAAGUGGAGCAGCCAGGACGCGAACCAGCACCCAUGUGGGAUGCAGGUAUUGUGGGCCUUGGCUUAACCUGCCGUGUCACAGGUGCCGUGACACCUUGGGUACAUUUUUUUGUUUUGUUUUAUUUGACAGAGUUAGAAAGGUCUUCCUUCCGUUGGUUCACCCCCCCACAUUUUUUUUUUUUUUUUUUUAAGAUUUGAUUUUAUUUGAAAGAGUUAUAGAGGCAAGAAGAGAGAGAGAGAGGGAUCUUCCAUAUGCUGGUUCACUCCUCAAGUGGCCGCAGCAGCUGGAGCUGGGCCCAUCUGAAGCCAGGAACCCGGAGCUUCUGGGUGCUAUCUUCAUAUGGGUGCAGGGGCCCAAGGACUUAGGUCAUCUUUUUCUGCUUUUCCAGGCCAUAGCAGAGAGCUGGAUUGUAAGUGGAACAGCUGGGACUCUUAACUGGUGCCCAUACUCGAUGCCAGCACUGCAGGCAGUGGCUUGUACCUGCUAGGCCACAGCGCCAGCACCCUGGGUUAGUUUUGUGGCUCUUAUUAGUUUGCCUUAAUGGAUGAUCCAUAGAUUGUAAUGAAGACCAUUAUAAGUUCAAGAUUAAGCAUACAAUUGGAUUGCCUGAUUAUAUGAAAACAGAUGUGACCAGAGCCUCCUAUCUGGUCUUUACCAAGAUAAAGAAGAUAGGGGCCAGCGCUGUGGUGCAGCGGGUUAAAGCCCUAGCCUGAAGCGCCGGCUCCCCAUAUGGGUGCUAGUUCUAGUCCAGGCUGCUACUCUUCCUAUCCAGCUCUCUGCUAUGGCCUGGGAAAGCAGUAUAAGAUGGCCCAAGUCCUUAGGCCCCUCCACCCACAUGGGAGACCUAGAAGAAGCUCCUGGCUCCUGGCCAUUGUGACCAUCUGGGGAGUGAACCAGUGGAUGGAAGACCUGUCUGUCUACCUCUGUCUGUAACUCUUUCAAAUAAAUAAAAUCUUAAAAAAAGAUGAUAGUGCCGUAGUUGUAAGGCCAUGUUUGGACUGUAGUUGGCAUGCGGGUCAUCAUUCAGGCUCUGCAUCCCAGGUUUGCAGAGCGUGGCUUUUCAUUGGUUGACUUGGAGAGGAGCCCUUUCAGCUGAGAAGGGUUACCUGGGGUUAUAAAAGCAAUAGGAUACUGGAACGGAAAGGAGUGGGGGAGUACGCCGUUCCUACCAAUGUUGCUUCUGGAGGCUAAUUUUUUAUUAGUUCUUGAUUCAGAAAAGCACAUAGUGUUUCAUAUGGAGUUUUGAAACAAUUUCCACUAACAUAUUUUUAAGUACGUAUUUUAAUAGUUAAAUACUUUUGGUAUUGAGGAGCAAGGAACGUCUUCAUGUUCUUCCAUGUGGGUACAGGGGCCCAGCUACUUGGGCCAUCCUCUGCUUUCCCGGGCACAUUAGCAGGGAGCAGGAUUGAAAGUGGAGCAGCCAGUACUCGAACUUGCACCUCUGUGGGAUGCAGGCAUCACAGGCGGUGGCUUAACACAGUCUGCUGCCACAACACUGGCCCCAACAGGGGAGGCUUUGACAGGAGAAGUAACAAGUGGUUCAGCUUGAGUUCAGCGUUUUCCACAGUUGCAAAUUGCGGAGAGAGUCUUGCUGAUGAUCCCAACUCAUCAUGUAGUGCACGAAUCUCCAUUAUUUUUACCCAGAGUCUGUCAUGGUUUCUCCUGUUUUAAGCCUGAGUGACCUUCACUUUUAUUUCCCUGUACAAGCCUUGCUUCUCAGUUUUCUGUCAAUUUUUAUACUUCUCGUAAUGGGGCUCAUUUUAUAUUAUGAUGUAGUUUCAGUGAUUUUGAGACCCAGCAUAAUCUCAAGAUCUUCUGGAUUUUAGCUUUUUACUUAACGUUCUCUAACCUAAUGGAACUCCUUUUUUUGUGCCGGAGGCGGGGGGUGGGGUGGGGUGGUAUUUUAUAUGUUCGAGUACAAAACACCAUGAGUAUAAGGUAUGACUGCUGUUUUUACUUUGAAACUUUCUGCCUGGGGGAAUGAAAUGCACUGUUGUGUUUUUGGCCCCAUGUGUACUUUAACGUUGAAGCCUGAAAGAGGAAGUAACAAUUCUCAGAAUGAAAUAAAUAUUUUAUGUAUUUAUUUGAAAGGCAGAGUUAUAGAGAGGCAGAGGCAGAGAGGGAGCGAGCGAGCUUCCAUCUGCUGAUUUACUCCCCGACUGGCCACAGUGGCUGGAGCUGCGCCGAUCAGGAGCCAGGAGCUUCCUCUGAGUCUCCCACACGGAUGCAGGGGCCCAAGGAUUUGGGCCAUCUUGUACUGCUUUCCCAGGCCAUAGCAGAGAGCUGGGUUGGAAAAGGAGCAGCCGGGACUCGAAUUGGCGCCCAUAUGGGAUGCAGGUACCACAGGCAGCAGCUUUACCACUUUAAGAAGUGUUUUUUUCAUCUGAAUAUUUUAUUUAGGACAAAGCAGUCUAUUUGAAUGGAAUGAUUCUUAAGUCAUCUCGUGUAGUUCCCUUCAGUUCUCAGACACUCUCAAAAUGUACGCACUCACACCCGACCCACUAUUUAUAGCUUAAGAAGUAAUUUUUUUAAAAAGUAGCUGUUCAACCACAUUAGGAAUCUGCUGUAUUGUGAGUCAUGGUUUUUUUGAGUCCUGAGUUUUCUUUGGCCGUGUGGUGUGAUGGGCAGGGCAGGUUGUCACGUCCAUCCGUCACCAGCCAAAGGGUGACCCUGAGCCUCAGCUUCAGGAUCCCUUGUUCUCGCAGUCAGUCACUUCUACUGUCUUCUUGUUUGUUUGAAGAAAACAGUUUAUUUUAGACUGCUAAAUUGCAUUUGGAAACUUUUGACAUACCGAGCUGAGGAAGGAUGGAAGUUCUGACAUCUUACAGAUGGACAGUGUUGAAGUUGGAAGGCCAGCAGUGGUGCUGCUGGGGGCAGUGCAGGAAGUGCCUGCCUGGAGCAGUGACCUGUGGGGGCUGCCCUCUCCCCCCUGAGUUGCUGUCGUCUGGCCACACCCACCCCUGUGAGGUCAGGGUUCCCUGGGAUCAGCAAAUGAUUCCCAAGUUAGUCUCAAGUGGGACUUUUAAAAUCUUUUUCCAGAAUUAUUUUGGUGAAGUUUAUCUAGAUUUUUCUUCUAAAUAUCUUUACUCUUUUUUUUAAACCUUGGUUAGUGAUGAUCAUAUUUCACUCUUUAGCAGUUUUCUGAACUUUUAUUUAAAAAGUGGAAUACAUCUUAAUAGUACCCCCCCCCCCUUUUAAAGAUUUUAUUUAUUUGACAGGUAGAGUUACAGACAGAGAGACAGAGAGAAAGGUCUUCCUUCUGUUGGUUCAUUCCCCAAAUGGCCGCAAUGGCCAGAGCUGUCCCAAUCCAAAGCCCGGAGCCAGGUGCUUCUUCCCAGUUUCCCAUGUGGGUGCAGGGGCCCAAGCAGUUGAGUCAUCUUCUACUGCUAUCCCAGGCCAUAGCAGAGAGCUGGACUGGAAGAGGGGCAACCAGAAUUAGAACCAGAGCCCAUAUGGGAUGCCGGCACUGAAGGUGGCAGCUUUACCUGCUACACCACAGUGCUGACCCAAUUAUUAUUAUUAUUUUUUAAACCUUUGGCUUUUUUUUUUUUGGGGGGGGGACAGAUAGACAAAGAGAAAGGUCCUCCCUCCGCUGGUUCACCCCCCCAAAUGGCUGCUACGGUUGGAGCUAUGCCAAUCUGAAGCCAGGAGCCAGGUGAUUCCUCCUGGUCUCCCAUGCAGGUGCAGGGGCCCAAGCACUUGGGCCAUCCUCCACUGCCUUCCUGGGCCACAGCAGAGAGCUGGACUGGAAGAGGAGCAACCGUGACUAGAACCCGGCACCCAUAUGGGAUGCCGGCGCCACAGGCGGAGGAUUAACCAAGUGAGCCAUGGUGCCAGCCCACCUUUGGCUUUUUAAUACCUAGUCUAGUUAAAACCCUGAUUUAAAGGACUUCUCCACCCUUUGACAUUUCAUUCAGCCACACUCUAAUCUGACCAGAUCCUUUGUUGGCAUCAUGCCGCAACCAGAGGAGGGUUUGCGUGUGUAUGUUGAUGUUCUCUUGAGCGUGUUUUGCUUGGUGGUCACUUCACGUUUCUGUAACAUCUGGUUCGUCGUGGAAUGUGAUUUACCUGGGUACCUUUUAAAUCUGGAAUGCACGUCCUUGGAGACUUACCUGCUUUGUGCCGGUGGGCCAAGAUUGCACUGUGGCUCUAUGCAGUCAGUCCUACUCGGAAGCCUGGCUUUUUAAGUCCCUCUUCUCACACAUAAUGCUCUUCUCACCUUCCUUUUUUUCCAAGAAUUGGAGCUCAUGCAGAAGGCUGCUUAGGGAUCGGCUGUGCCUUUUACUGUCUCCACUGUGAGAGGUAGUUCAGUUUGGGUGAACGCUACUCUACCAUGGGGCUCCCCAGCGAUUACCGCAGUGUGUGAGAGGUGGGAUCUCUCUGCCCGUGCUUGUCGUAUGGAUUGUUUUGUUUACCUGCGUGUCCUGGCUAUUUGUGCUGUGUCCUGUCUAUUGUAUGUUCAAUUUCAUCAAUAAAAAGUAUCUCAGAUUGGGUGAAAAGUGGCUAUAUGGCUAUGGUUUGCGAUUUGGAUUCUACUGCUCCGUUUCUGUUUUUGUCCGGAAUUCUCCUCUUCCUGGUUCUAAUAUGACCUGUUGGCCUCAGGCAGGUAGAAGCCUUCUGAGUUCCACGGUGACUUAAUAGAAGAGCUGCUCGGAUUCAGAGACAACUGCCAAGAUGUCUCAGUUGACGUGGGUCUCGAAAACUGGCAGCUCUAGGUCAUCCGGCAUGGUUACCUGGGGAGAUCAAAUUGGGUCAGGGUCACAGAUAAUGUCUUCUGUGGAUUUAGAAGAGGGCCCUCUAUCUCAAAAGUCAGAUUCAUUUCAGCUGUCUGCCUUAAGUGAAUUUGGGGAGGACAGGGAGGCGGUCAGCUCCUCGACGUCAUCCUUCACCUUCAGCCCGAUGCCUGCAGUCCAGCACAAGUCUCACUUGUUUAUUGAGGUACCACUGGCCAAGGUGGAGAGAAUAUUUGAGGAGGGUCUCAACAAGGCUGGAGUCAUGGAUUUGGAAGCUUUCAUUAAGACCAUGAAGAGGGUUCUGAGCAAUGCGUCAGAUGACAUGCUGGAGGCACUGUUUCUGAAGGUGGACUCAGACUGUAAUGGCUUUGUCACCUGGCAGAAGUAUGUGGACUAUAUGAUGGGCGAGUUCCGGGGCCAGGAGGAGAUGAGGAAGAGCCAGUACCGCCUGCGCUUCCACCUCCCCAUGACCGUCGUCCCCCUGAAUCAUGGAUGUGAGAUUGUGAAAGUGGCGUUUUUGAAGCUGCGGUUCAAGAAGAUCGGGUGCUUCCUGAGCAUCAGUAAGGACGGGCUCCUGCAGUUCUGGUCAGAGAGCUUCUCACUGAUCAGCUCCUUUAGGCUUGACCAGAUACAGCCGUCCCGCAGCCAGAAGAUGUGGGUCACCGACAUGGUGUGUCUGCACAACAUGAACCUCCUGGCGGUGGCGUCAACGGAGCUGAAGAUCGAGUUCUUUGAUAUCAGUAACCGUCGGUGUGUCCGGGCCUUCACCUUGGUUGAUGUGGACAGCUGCGUGCUGGCCAUGGACUACUGGUCUGACUAUCACAAAGGCGUGUUCUGCUAUGGGGAUACCAAAGGCAGUGUCAUCAUCUUCACUUCCGACAACAUGACCCACGGGCUGUUCAACCCCCACAUCCUCCCCAAGGCCUCCAAAUGGGAUCACUGGAUCAGCAUUUCCACCCAGAAGCUCUUAAAUGAAAAGUCCACCUUGCAUAGAAGUUACCGACUGAAGGCCAUUCAUCACAACUGGUGCCAACAGGUCAAGUUCAUUCCCGAGUUGAACGUAGUGGUCUCCUGUUCAGCCAUCGAUAGGUCUUCUCUGGUGCUGUCCAUAUUGCCAGCCAAAGCCUCGGAGAAGCCCAGGUUGUCGAUGCUGAAUCUAAGGAAAGGAAUUCUUUGCUUUGAUUACUGCCCAGACAAGAACUUCCUGGUGACAGGUGGCUAUGACCCCAACAUCCGCCUGUGGAACCCCUUUGUCUCACAAAAGCCUGUGUGGCUGAUGAAGGGACACCAGACCUCUGUGACGCACGUCAUGGUGAGCAGCAAGAGCAGCAGCAUCCUCAUCAGCAUCUCCAAGGACAAGGUGCCACCUCAGGGCGCGCCCCACCGCCCCGCCCGGGGACACCGUAGGAUCCCUGCUGGGGGAGGCUGCGGCCCGGAGGGACAGAACGUCCGUGUGUGGGACAUGCAGGACUAUAUUUGCCUCCAGUCCUUCUGUGGGAAGCUGUUCGCCCUGGGGAACUGCCCCAUCACCAGCGCCUACUUCCACAGCGAGGCCGGGGCCCUCGUCUGCAGCACCUUCUCAAUUGGGAUCCUCAAAGGGUACUCGGAGGCCCAGGGGCCUGUGAAAGCAGGGAAGAUCACAACUCACAGCGCGCCCCUGUGUGCUGUCCUCUACAGCAAGAUCUUUAAGCAGGUGGUGAGCGGCUGCCUGCAUGGCACCGUGAACGUGUGGGAGAUCACCACGGGCAGGAAGAUGGUGGAGUUCUCUGUGUCUGGGGACCAGCAAGUGGAGCUGACUGCCAUGGCCCUGGACGAGUCGGAGCGCUGCCUGCUCACGGGCUUGCGAGAGGGCACCAUGCAGAUGUGGAACUACAACAGCGGCGAGUGCCUGCUGACCUUCCCCAACCCCGACCAGCUGGAGAUUAGUGGAAUCAUCCACAUGAACAAAACCUACUACAUGACAGGCUGGACUAAGAGAAUCACUAACUUCACGUUCCACAAAACCAAGCCAGUGCUGCUGACCUCGCAGUGGCAGGCCUUCCACACCGAGGACGUCCUGAGCAUGGCCAAGUACCAGAACCAGUUCCUCGGGACCUCCUCCUACAAUGGGGACGUCCUCUUCUGGAACGUCAGCAUGUUCAAGCCCAUCCUCAACUUCAACGCCUCCGAGAGCCCCUUGCCCUUACAGCCCAAGAAGGUACGGGAAGUGGGCAGCUUCCUGGCUGAGGGCCGCAGGCCCAACAAAUCCUACAUGGAGGAGAUGUGGGCACACAAGACCCCCAGAAAGCUCCCCGGCCCUAGCACCAAGACCCCGGCCGGGGCCGGCCUGAAGCUGAACCUGAAGUCGGCUCCCCCAGUACUGAAGCACUUGAAAGACAAGGAGUCGGACAAGCCUGUGCUCCAGCAGGCCUCUUUCAGCGCCGGCAGGACCGGGCUGACAUCCAAGUUGCGUGGCAAACAGUCCGUUUACAAAGAGGCCGAGAAGAAAAGAGGGGAGUUCCAGCGGAAGAAGUUGCUGCAGUCCAACGCGUCGGUGGAGAAGAUCAUCUUCCUGCAGACCAGGCCUCGCCUGCCACACACAGCUGCCUUGCUGAGCAGCUGCAUGGAUGGCUUCAUCUACGCCUGGUCCAUCCACGGCAACGGAGGCCUCCUGGGGAAGUUCCCCGUGGAGCUCAAAGACCACGAGGAUGUCGUCGUGGGCGCCAUGGCCACUGACGAAAAUGACUGGAUCCUCAUCACGGGGGACUGUAAAGGAAGCAUCAAGAUCUGGGACAUCAAGGAUUACUGCGUAUUUGUUGGCCAGCAGCCACCACACCCCAAUGUGAGCAGUGCUGUCACUGAAAUGGAAAACAAGUUCCGGGUGCUAAUUCCUAAAAGGCUGCAGAUCAGCACCCCUUACUACAUUCCUUUGAAGGAGAAGGAGGUCGUGAUGGGCCAGACCAUCUCUCUGGUUCCUCCGAAACUCCUGAUUACCUGGAGAGGCCAUUUGGAUAGCGUGACCGACAUCCUGUAUGUGGACGGCUUCCAGGUGGUCAUCAGUGCUGGCCAGGACCGGAACGUCAAGACGUGGAAACUCUCCGGUGAUGCCAUUGGGACAUUCGGCCUGAGUAUGUGGAAGAGACUCCAGGAUGCCACCAUGGACAGGGAUCAAGAGGCAGGAGCAGGCUCCGAGGGGAAGGCCGACUCCACGGGCGCCGCGGGCAGGGCCCCGCAGCCCGAGCUGCACAGGGAUCUUGCCGAGGUCCUGGGGUUCCAGCGGCGAGAGCAGGUGGUUCUUAUGGACCUCCUGAGUUCGAGGGAGGAUACGGAGGCCAAGGCAUGGGCCAAGCUGCAGAGGAUGGCCCAGGUGUCCCCGUGGACCCGAGAGCGCCCCCUGGGAGACAUUGAGGACACCUGGAGCCAAUGGGAAUCUGAGGGCAAGCAGGUGAGCAAGGUCUUGGGAGCAGCAUAUAAGCCCAAGGAGCGGCUGCGGAGCGCCAAGCAGCUCACCACCGUGGUGCAGUACGGCUGGAUGAAGCACCAGAUCUCACCCCAGAUCUACCAAAGCCUGCACUGCAGCGAGCUGAUGCCCACUCAGCAGCCCGACUUCCUGCGGCACAAGGCCCUGGGCCAGCAGGUCCAGCACAUCCGCUGGGUGGUACGCGAGGUCCCGCAGGACCUGGAGGCUGGCAGGGAGCGGCCCCUGCUGGACACCGUGACCAGCAUGACCAUCGCCACCUCCCCCUCCUCCUCCUCCUCGCCCUCCCUGCCAUCCCUGCCAGCCUCCAGGUUGCCAGGCUCCGACUCCCCACGGAGCCCGUCCUCGGUGUCCUUGCUGCGGCCCUGGUCAGCCACCGCGGCCCAGAGACGCUCACGCCCGCAGCUCUUCCCCUGCGGCCACACCCCUGGCGUCUCUAAGCCAUGUUUGUGUCCUCUGUGAAGAGGGGCCCCCUCCUUGUGCCUAAGGUGCCUCGCCCUGUCCCUGGUCCCCCAGCAGGGCAGCCAGGCCCCCGGGGUCCUGCACGGCCCUGGCCUACACCCGGGCGGGCCCAGAGGACAUGGACCUUCCCGGCUGCCUCCCCCCGCAUCCCGGCUGACCCGGGUCUAUCUGCUCUCCGACCGGCCCCGCCAGAGUCUCGGAGAAGAAAAUAAAUGUUUUCAGGUGUGGGAGUUCCACGGGCAUUGAAGUCGGGCUGCUGUGUGUUCCCCUUGCUCACAGGUCUCUGCCCUGGGUCUGAGACCAGUCACAACCCUGGCGGGUCCCAGGUAGAUGCAGAGAGAAGCCCCUCCUCCCAGGAGCCCCGAAGCACAGCGGUCAGACUGAAGCCCAAGGGGGAGGGCUUUGCAGGCUCCCUCAAGCAGGGAGAGAGGUGAUGUCACACCUGGGGGCGUGGUCACACCAGGGGCGUGGCCACAGGUGGCUCAGGUGCUGGGUUCAUCCUUUAGGGACAUUGGGACCCACAGCUGACCUGGCUGCUGGUGGCUGUGUGUGACCCCUGCCAUCUGUCUUUUCACACCAUCCGCUCCGCUCCAGGCCCCUGGUGCUUCCAAACUGCCCUGUUCCUUGUGCACGGAAGGCCGGGGAGGGAGGUGGAUGCCACCACACCAGCCCUGCUGCCCUGUGGCGCUGCCUGUCUUGUCUCCUGCUUGUCACCAGCCCACAGCCCCUCCCGUGCCUGUGGGGACCCCUGGACACACCACCCACACCGCUGUUGUGCGUGGUGGUGCAGCGCCUUGGUGAGUGCGAGCCUGCCUGAGGUGGCGCAGGGGGAGGCAGGCCGCAGGCCUUGGGGGUCUCGGGGGUCCCUGCAGCUCCCCCUACUCAACCUCUGCCCAGCCCCAGGCUCAGCCCUGAGGGGCAAACAUGUGGCUUCCCUCUCCACCUCGGGCUCCCUCUCACAGUCUGGGAGCCCUGUGUCACUCUGCCUCCUUGCUGCUAUGGAUAACUGUGAUCUGAGCCGUCCCAGGCCUGGGUCUGGGGUGAAGGAGCCAGGCGUUACUGAGGCCAGAGUCCCCGUGCUGUCCCCAGCGUCACCUCUGUGUCCGUUCUCAGGUGGCUGAAGCAGAGCACCGGGAACAGCGUGGCAGGAAACAGUGGGGCUGGGAGUGGAGGUCGUGGGGCCGCGUGCGCUUCGGAGCCUGGCCUCUUCCCAGCUUCUGAAAGGCGCAGCCCUUGGUGUCCCGGGCUGUGGCGGCCGCGUCAGCCUGCCUCUGCGUCAGAGGUGCUUUCCCGGGGUGUCUGUGUGCCCGCCGUGCUCUCCUUUCUGGGCGCCCGCUCUUUGGACAGACACUGGCCUCGGACUGAGCGCCACCCCGCUCCAGAGUGACACCUGCACCCACCCUUUCCCGGAUUUGGCCACGUUUGGAGGUGCUGGGGUUGGAACUGUGUCUUCCGGAGGACACAGUUCAACCCAUAACCACCCCUAGCACUUAGAUCCCCGUACAGGAUGGGGAAAGCUGCGUGAGCCACAGGGGCCUGCAGUGCAGGAGACAGGGAGGGGUGAGUGUGCGGCUCGCAGGGCCAGGAGCAGGUGGCCAGGCCCGAGCCUCAGUCUUAGCCCCCGGGUGGCAUCCCCGGCCUGCCGCCGCCUCCUGCCAGGCCCAGCGGCCGCACACCUGGCUGCAGAGAAAGAAGUAUCUGGGUGCUUGGUGCCUCUGAGCCAACAGAGGGGCAGACUAAGAGGAGCCUGCCCUGUCUGGUGGCCGCGGCCCCACCUCCCCCAGAGCCUGGCCUCACGGCUCCUGGCGGUGGCUCUUCAAGAUGAGCUUUGCCUCUGGCAUGGCUGCGGGCUGCCAGCUGUGUGGCCCCUGCCCGGGCAGAGCCGGUGGAGCCUGGUUGGGACCAGCCAUGCCUCUCCUGGCAGGCUGGCGGUGACAGCUGUGAGCCACAGGGCUCGCCCUCAGGCCGUGUGCAGUGCCCCCAUGGGGCUGGUUCCAUCUGUGUGCUCCAGGCUGUGCCCCCAGGCCUGUGGCGGCUCUGCGGGGAUGGUCCCACCUGAGACUCCCAAGGGGCAAGCCCAAGAAGGGCCCCCUGGCUCGCUGCUCCCACCCCACCUUGGGCUGGGUUUGUUUUCUUAAUGGAACUUGAGGCCCCGAGAGGACCUCAUGGGGUCACAGAGCAAGUUAAUAGCACAGGUGGUCCCAAGGCACCACCCCGUCCCUCCAGCCUGGUAACCAGUAGGCAGUCCCAGGAGCUGAGCGACACGUGACACGUGUUUAUUUAGCGUCUGCACGACAACGCCACUCUCCUGUCAGACAGAGGCAGGUGUGGGGCCUCACCUGAGGCCAUGGUGGGAGCCCCUCAGCCAGGCCAGGGGCCCUGGUUCCUAAGCCCCGCUGUGGACUCCUUGAGGGUGGAGGCAGGGCCGGGAGGGGGAUGGGUAGGAGGAUGCGGAGGGAGCAGUGCUCCUAGAAGGAGCCCGGACUCACUGGGUCUGUCAGUGAGUGGCUCCAGGAGGCCUGCAUGGAGGUGUGGGCCUGGAGGGGGAUGCAGUGCCUGCACUGGUUUCUUCAUGCGGUGGCUGGUGACUUGCCAGCUCUGAGGCCGGAAGCUGCAGUCUGUCUCGCUGGGUGGGCACUGGGCUUGGUAGAGCUGGGUCCUCAGAGGCUCCGCGGAGAAUCCGCUUCCUCGCCGGCCCAGCUCCCAGGGCGGCCUGAGCUGGAAACCUGACCUUGGCCGUGCCAGGUGAGCGUGCUCUGGGGAUCGACCUCAUCCUUCCACGCUCUGCCCCUGGCGAGCAGCGGGAGACCAAUGCCCGGACGGAACCAAGGACCCGCGGAUCUGGGCCUCGGCACAGCUCUCUCCAGUGUGACUCGAGUUCUCUGCCCUACAUCUGAACCGCUCGGGUCCUUCCAGGCUUGGCGCCGUGGUCGCUGCACAGAGACACAGGAGACACAGAUCUCCCAGGCCACCCUCCGACUUCUCGAGCCAGCUGGCCUCAGGCCAGCAGAGCCAUCUUCUCCCGGGAGCCAGUCCGGGGCAGCAGGGAAGGUGGGCCGGAGAACAGUGCUGUGCGUCAGUGUCUUGGGUGUGAGUGCAUCAGGCGCUGGCCCAUGUGUGCCUGUGCGGAGCGGGGGGGGGGGGGCACUGGGAUGAAUUAGCUGGAGGCCCUUCCACCACGGGCACAGAUGCCAACCCCAGUGUGGCACCAGAGGGUCUUUGGCCCUCCUUUGGGCCACCCCGGGCCUGUCCCCCGCUUGGGUCUGGCAACCCCUUAAGGCACAUCCGGUUGCUGUGGGGCUUAAAGCUUAAGGAAGGCUGCCUUUCGUUAAGGAAGCAAGCACACAAUAGCAGACACAAACACCAGGCCCAGGGCCUUGGCUGGGGCUCACGAGCUGGAGCUUAGGCUCCCUUAGCUCCUGCUAGUCCGGCCCAGCAGCCUUCGCUGUCCCGGCUUACACAGCUAGCCGUGGCGGGCGCUGGCUUCCUUGUGGCGAGCUGAGCAGGGCUCCCAGAGAUGUGCUGGAAGUGUGGGACCUGUGCACGGGGCGAAGGCACUGCCUGCCCAGCCGCAGCCCUCCCCGAGCAACCUGCACGCUACGUCCCCCCACGGGGCCUCUGCUGUCUGCUCGGGCUCCUGCAGGGCCUGGGAGCUGGGGCUGUGCACCGCGGAGCAGCAACUGGGAGGACCCCUUCCCUGCCCUGUCCCCAGCCCCCACGAACUGUGGCAGGGACAAGGCCUCUCUGGACUCUUUUUGUUUUUAUAAUUUAUUUGAAAGACACACACACAUAUGUUAUGCCCAGCUCGUUGGAUCCCCGUUGAGACCCCCAGAGAGUCGAUCACACCAAAAUACAAAAGCAAGGUUUAUUGGACUUACAAGCUGCUGCAGGGGCCCCGUCCAACCGACUGAGGCAGCGGAGGGCAGAGGAAGGCCCGAGUCGUGCUCGGGAGCCUCUUUUAAAGCAGGGUUACGUCAUCGAGGGGUGCGGGGUAACAGUGGACUGGCUAGGGUCACCUCUGGUUUUUCCUGAUCGAACGCGGUUGUUCCUGAUUGGUUCGGACCCAGGGGAGUUCCUUAUAUGGUGAACGCUAGGGAGCUGUGCUGUUGUAAGUUUCGGUUUCCCCAGAGUGCCGCUGCUUGUCCGGGAAGUCGGGAAGUCGGGCCUGCCUCCCCAAAUGGAGGCACUUUUUUCAAAAUGUAGUAGUUAAUCUGGCCCUUCAAUACACACACACACACACACACACACACACAGAGAAUAUGAGAGUGUGCAAGCGAAUUGCCAUCUUCUGGUUCUCUUCCCCAGAUGGCCUCAACAGCCAGGGCUGGGCCAAUCCCAAGCCAGGAGCCAGGAGCUUCCUCCGGGUCUCCACGUGGGUGCAGGGCCCAAGUGUACGGACCAUCUUCUGCUUUCCCAGGCCAGAAGCAAGUGGAUCAGAAAAGGAGCCAGAACAUGAACUGGCUAAGCCCUGGGCGGAGGCUUAGCCUACUAUGCCGCAGCACCGGUCCCUUCCAUUUUUAAUUUGUUUUUUUAAAGAUUUAUUUAUUUAUAUGAAAGAGAGGCAGAGAGAGAGCGAGCUUCUAUCUUCUGGUUCACUCCCUAAAUGGCUGUAACAGCCAGAGCUGGGCUGAUCUGAAGCCAGGAGCCAGGAGCUUCUUCCGGGUCUCCCACGUGGGUACAAGGGCUCAAGGACUUGGGCCAUCAUCUGCUGCUUUCCCAGGCCAUCAGCAGGGAACUGGAUCAGAAGUGGAGCAGCCAGAACUUGUGCCCACAUGGGGUCCAGUGCUACAGGCAGCGGCCCCACCUGCUACACCACAGCGCAGGCCCCCUCUUUUUGAUAUUGGCAGUUUGUCUGGAUUAUUUAAGUCUGGAUGGAAAGAGUUAAAGGUAUGCAUUUUCAGUUUUCCGUUAAAUCUCCUGACGAAGCCAGUGGGGACGUCUGUGAGUGGUGCCAAUGGCGCUCUGGGAGCAGCCCUGAUGUUCUCUGGCCCUCUGUGGCGACACACGGGCAGCCCCAGGUCCGGCCCUCAGCACCGAGCGGCCAUUUAAUUACAUCUGGGGGAUCUGACUGCGUUUCCAGUUGCUUUUUAUUUUUGGAGAACGAGUCUCAUUUUCCCUUUAUAAACACACUUAUUUCAUUAAAGAUCAAAGUAAAGGUGGAAUUUGCGAUGCCACUUGGGAUUCCUGCAUCCUCCGGGUCAGAGGGCCCGGGUUCCAGGCCCAGCCCCACUGCUGGCUGCAGCCUCCUGCUGUGCACCACCAGGAGGCCCGGCGUGGUUCAGGUGUUUGGCGCCCUGUCCCUGGCUCUCAGGGGAGGCUCACUCGCCCUCCCUCCGCUGAGGUGUGUGGUGGGAGCAGCACGGCCCAGGGCCAGCGCUCCAGGCCGUGGACACAGGUGACUGCCAGCUCCAAGCUGGGUGGGGCAGUCCCUGCGAGCCCCUCCCUGCCUCGGCCCUCUCUCCAUCACAGGCCGUGCACCCUGCAGCCCCACAUGUGGCCCCCGGAUGCACCCACGGUCUGGUGGGGAGGUGAAUGGGCACAGCUCGGGCUGCCAGCCCCAGACCCGCCUCCUGGCUCUCUCCCCUCAACCAAACGUCCCUGCACGCCUUCUGGGAAAGGGGUCACCCGCCUUGGGGCACAGACUCCUCAGGGUGGAGAGUCCUUUCUGGUGCCACUCAGGGCUGGCUGGGGGCUCUGGGUCAUUCUGUGGCUUAAGAGCACAGGCUUUGGCCUCUGGCUGCCCUGGGUUGCUGUGUGAUGUGGGGCAGGUUACUGCCUCUCUCUCAGCUUCGUGGCCUUGUGUGCUGAGUGGGGGAAGCCCUGGCACCUCCGUCCUGGGGAGGAGACACAGGCAGGGGCUUCAGCACGUGGCAUAGCUUUGUCUCCUCACUGCUGUGGUUACCAGGAGGCUGUGCGUGUCUCUGUGCCUCUCUCCCCAGGGACCCUGAGGGCCAGAGCUGGGCCCCUCCUCACUCCCUGGGGGACACUGAGGCUCGGAGGGGUUCUGAUUCUCCUGCGUCGCCCUACCAGUGAGCAGAGUGGGCUUACCUGGGCCUGGCCUCCAGUGGGAAGCCGCCCCUCCAGCAUCCAGCGCUGGGGAGCCCGGCCCAUUCUCCUGGAACGUGUAGGGCCCCUCUGAUGCUUCCUCCCCCACAAUCACAGGUGUCAGCUCAGCUGGGUCCCAUGUUCCCGCGUAACCUCCCGGGGUGAGCUCCAGCCUGGCCGCCCUGGGGUGGUGGGGCCUGAAUGGUGCUCGGCAGGCGUCUAGCCCUUCCUGCCUGCGCCAGGGCGCCGCCAGGGGCAGCUUGAGGCAGCAGAGUCCUGAAGGAAGCUGCUUCCCGUUGGCACUGGUGGCACUCGAUCCGGGUCUCCCACGUGGCUGGCAGGGACCCAGGUACUUGAGCCAUCGGGUGCACCUUGGCGGGAGUAAGGCAGGGUCACCUGCCCUCCUGGUCACUUUUGUUGCUUCAGCCCAGGGCAAGGCCUGGGGCUCACAGCCUCUAGGGAUGGCACCUGCCAUGCUCGUGCUAAUGGAGGGGCUAUCCUGAAAUGUCCCUCCUACGCCGGGGCUGGGAGGCAAGGCUGUCCCUUAGUUACAUGCUGGGUGGCGGCAUGGGGUGGUGUGCUGCCCCUUCUGGCUGAGGCCACCCUUCUCCCUUUACUCAGGCUGUGGGGACAAAAAGCCGCCCGCCCUGGAGGCGGAAGGCUGCCCCCGCCUCCUGCCCAGAUCUGAGCCUGGGAACCAGCCUAGGGCUGGUGCAGCUGCCUCUUUGAUGAGUGUUGGGGCAGGAGCAGCCUCCUUGGGUCCACAGUCCUAGGAGGGGUGGGGGAGAACGGUGGAGGGGAGAGUCUGGGCCAGGCCUCCCAGGGAUCCCUGGGGCCCUGCUCCCCAGCUGUGACUGACAGGCGGACGCCUGGCAGCCUCAGUAGCUCCUCUCCAGCCACGAGCUUUCCCUAGAGCCCUGAACCAGGCUGCUGGGGGACUCCCCUGGGCCUGGGUGCAGGUGCUCGGGACUAGGACCAGCGUGAUGCUUCCCUCCCCGAGUGUGGAACAGGUCACCCAGUGCCACCUCUGGCAGGGGGAGGUGAGGGCUGGCAUCGCCGGGUGUAGACGGACUGAGGCUUGGAGGGUGACUCCUGCAAGGUGACUCGGUGCAGGUGCACAGGACAAGGGCAGGAUACUGGAUUCCAGGGACCGUCGCCCGCUGUCUGUCCAGGGGACUCUGAAUCUCGGAGAAGCGGAGGCCUCUCUGGUGUCCCGGGAUCCCUGGGAUUAGCUAAAGCCAGGCUUAGCGGAGGCGCCGCUCAGGGCCCUUGGGGGUGGAUUGGCACCAUCUGCUUCUCCGGUUCCAUCCUGGUCACCUUGGAGAGCCGGCUCCUGUCCUGGCCAGCCGCCCAGUCCUCUGUGCUGAGUGCUGGGCUGGUGGCCAAGUCGCACUGGAGUGGGGUGGGCGGGGGAGGCCUAGGGCUGCCUGUGCUCUCCUGGCCGGGUGGAACCAGCAUUUUUCGUGGGGCUGGGCUAAGAUCAGGUCCUCCCAGGCAGGGCUUUGGGCUCCUUGUCCACGCGACAGGGACCUCGGCAGGAGUGGCGAUCUGUAACGCCCCAGCCAUGCUGAUGGUGUGGAGGGGGAGGCCCUGGGAAUAAGACUGGGCUCCUCCCACUUCUGCCAGGCCAGUCCAGGGCGUCUUCCCUGGAGAUGGCUCCUUUCCGGUCUCUGCCCUUCUAAUACCCGCGGAACCCUUGCUCCGUAUCUCCAACUGCAGGCUUCAGUCCCUGGUGCCAUUCUGCCUUGUCCAGCCUGCCCCGCUCUGGAGCCCUGCUUAGGGAUAGCUGUCACCGCGUCCCAGGGCAGCAGGCCUCAGUGCUCAUUUUCCCAGCACCUGUGUGUGUCGCGUUCGCUCUGCUGGACUCUGUGGGUGGAGUCAGGGAAGGCCCCUGUAGGAGCCGCUGUGCUAGAACCUUCUAAAGGCUCUCAAGUCUGCGGUGCAGCCACGGCUGCAAACUACAAGUGCCUUUACACCCAGAACAGCUGGGGUCCAGAGAGGGAGCAGGUCCUGCCCCAGGUCACACAGCAAACCGUCUACAUGCCGGAGCACUCUGCGGGGAGCAGGAUGAACCUGCUCAUUACCGCUCAGUGCAGGGCAGAGCUGAGUGUGAAGCCAGAGGUCUUGGCACAGGGCCGGACUGCGGGGACUUGGGUCCUGCUGUCGCCCUUUGCCGGCCGCCGCCUGCAGCGGCUCCCUUGGCUGCCCGAGGCCUUGGCUGUGCUCUGUGGAGGCUCCUGGGGCUGCCAUGAAGGUGCCCGGGCACCCAGCACUGGCCACUGCUUGCUCUGCAGGGCCCGACACACACAGACCUGAGCCAGCAGGUACAGA